AUGGGACCUCUGAUUCAAAGCCCCCACAGACUGCUUGAGAGCAAUAUCAAUAAGAUCACUGAUAGAAAGUUCAUUACUAAUGGUGAAUGGGAUAUCAACCUUUUGACUAAUGUUCUUCCUGACAACAUCAUUCAAAAUAUUCUCUCAAUUGAUAUUGGUUCCUUGGACUUAAAUGGUGAACCUAUUUGGAAUUUAUCUGGGAAUGGGAACUACUCUAAAAAAUCUGCUUGGAAUAACAUUAGAAUUUCCAAAACAAGAGACAGUUUCCUAAGCAAACUAUGGCACAAAUCUCUACCUUUCAAAUUUUCUUUUUUAAGUUGGAGACUGUCUCAUGGUAAAUUGCUUUUUAAUGAAGUUGUAUCUAGGUUUGGAAAUCAAUCUAAUGCUCUUUGUUUAUGUUGUAACACCCCAGUAUUAGACUUUAUGCAGCAUACUUUCUCAGAAGGUGAAGCAGCAAGGCAAAUAUGGAGACUUAUUGCUGUCCCCCUUGGUAUCACACACCAUGCAGGACCUAUAAGGAGAAAUUUCAAAGAAUGCUGGGAUUUUAACAGUAAAAAUAAAGUGUAUAGUUUGAUUUUGCAGGUUACUCCUGUCAUCAUCUGUUGGCAAAUCUGGAAGAAAUGGACAACAUGCAAAUUUGGAAAUCAAAGAAAGAUUGCUAUCAACAAAAUGGAAUAUCAAGCUAUAUGGAAUCUACAAGCAAUUCUACAAGUAGAAUUCCUAAAAUGUAGCAUCACUGGAAACUGGACAAUAAUGUGCAAUAUUAUAGAAAGACUGAAACCAAUGGUGAUAAUCAAACAAGUCAGAUGGAUCAAACCAGAUAUGGGAUGCAUUAAGCUAAAUCUGGAUAGAAGCUACACCAGCAACAACGGAAGAGCAGGAAUAGGAACAGCCAUCAGAGAUAAUGAAGGAAAGAUCAUCGUGGCACUCUCCAGACCAAAACAGUGCAAUUCAAAUACUCAAGCUGAAGCAUUGACGGCUAAACAAGGAAUACAAUGGUGUAUCAGUAAGGGAUACCAUAGAUUUCAGGUGGAAAUAGACUCUCAAAUCAUUUCCAAUAUGAUCACUAACAAGAGAACCACCAACAUGAAGAUAAAAAAAGACCGUCUUAGAUACUAUCAACUUGGUUGA